AUGUCACUGGCUCAUCAGAAGAAGCCCGGCGAUCAGGUUACUGAUUUCAAUACCGGGGUAUCGGAAGAUACCCUGGGCUAUGAUACGCCUCCUUCGGUCAAUGAUCGUGAGACCAAGGCGUCACCGCGUGAUACCGGCACUUUACUUGUUAGUAAUGAAGGCACUAGUUAUAUUGACAGUGUGAACUGGCGUGCCAUUUUAGAAGAGAUUAAUGGAGUGAAGGAGUAUUUGGAUGAACAGGAAGACAACUCCGACAACGAUCUGACUGAGGAAGAUCCUUAUGGUGACUCUACGCCAGCUCUUUUGCUUGGAAUGGCGAAAAAAGUGACCAAACAGGAAAUGCUCGCCGACAUACCGGCACGGUCGAUUGCCGAUCGUUUUAUUUCUCGCUUCUUAACAACAUUUGAGCCGUCAAUAGAGUAUGAGCAAUUCUGGAAAAAUCCCCACGAGAUGUCAUUCACUUGGAUCGCGUUACUAUAUGCGAUUUUGGCCUUGUCUAUCUCUCUGUUUCAUCGCAGCGAGGAGCCCUUCCCAAUCAGCGUGAUUGAUCCAAUGAUGCUCUGGGAUGUCUACCGGAGAAGAUCUGCCCAGUGUCUUGUUCAGACAAAUUACUUAGUCCCUGGCAAAUACAAGGGCGAGGCUCUGUUGCUCUAUACAAUUUCCGAAUUCCUCCGCGGCCAGGACGCUCAGAUCGGGGUCUCAUAUCUCCUUGGCAUCACCAUUCGGCUUGCAUUGCGCAUGGGAUACCACCGAGACCCAAGCCACUACCCCAACCUGUCGGCAUUCGAGGGAGAAAUGCGCCGGCGUCUUUGGGCUGUGAUAUGCCAACUCGACACUCUGGUCUCCUUCCAAAAUGGUCUCCCACGAACCGUCCAAACUUACUAUUCCGACUCUGAGAUACCGUCCAAUCUACAGGACACUGACUUUGACCAAAACUGCAUACAGUUACCACCUAGUCGAUCAGAUGAAGAGAGAACAGCCUGCUCAUAUACACGAGCGAAGUCACGCCUCAUGGCAGCGUUUGGACAAAUCUGCGAUUCAGCCUAUGCGCGGGAGGCGGUGCCCUACGACGAAGUUAUGGCCUUGAAUCGUCGGCUCGAGGCGGCAAAUGAACAGCUUCCUUCGUUUUUCCGCUCUCGGCCGUUAUCCCAGUCUAUGGGCGACCAAGGGGAUCUCAUACUGCGGCGGUACACUCUGAAUCUGAUUUAUCAAAAAUCACGUAUCGUGUUGCACCGCCGGUACAUCACCGAAACGCAAGGCAAACAUGCCAGCUCACGAAGGAUUUGCAUCGAGGCCGCUAGUGCGACACUGGGGCAUCAUGCAGAAAUCUGGGCCGAGUCACUGCCCGGCGGUCAAUUGUUUUCAGACCGAUUCCUACUCAAUUCCCUUCAAAGUACUGAUUUCAUGCUCUCGGCCAUGGUGCUCUGUCUGGUACUUUCGCAUAACAAGGAUAGCGGAGACCCAGCCCGAAUGCAAACAAAGGAGCACAAUGACAUCUUGGUACUUUUGGAGAAUACUCAUUUGAUUUUCAAGCAGACUAUGCGGCGCUCUGCGGAUACCCAGAGGGCUUUUGUCGCACUGAGCAUCAUGUUGAGUCGAGUCAGGGGCCGCAGCGUUGAAAGCUUCACAUCAGAUGUUAAGAACACAGGCGCGCUAGAUAAUGACAACCUGAUCCAACCAAUGCCCACGGUGGACCAACACCAGUACCCGACGGUUUCUCCAGAGGGCUUUGAGGCUGCUAUGUAUACUGACACUUCCGUGACUCCUUCAUAUUCUUCCCUUGGCGUGAUUGAUGACAUGCUCACGGCCCCCGCUCAAUUGGACUGGCGUUUGUAUGAUGGCCAAAUGUAUGGGUUUGACUCAGUCAACCCAGAAAGCAUGUGGUCAGCAGGGUCUUUUAUUGACUCCAAUGGUGUUGAUUUCACUUUGCCUUCCGACUCUAUGUAA